UGUGCGUGAGGGACAUGAGAGGUUAUGUUCAAUUUUAUCACUAUUAUGACUAUUAUCAGUACGCACAUAGUUUAGGAGUCGUGUUUCUUGGAAAUUUAUCCUGGUGAUUUGGCCGACAUACAUAAUUUCGCGAAAGCAUAUUGCAGUGUCAAAGCAACCAAAAAUUUUGCUGAGCUAAAAUCAAUGGCAUCACACAAAAACUAUCACAGAGGUCCAAGAUCUCAAAUGGGUCCUGGUAUGAUGUAUGAUCGUUCUAAUAAUUUUUACAUUCAAGAUCCAGACGUUUGGUAUAGGACAUCAUCCAGUUUCAAUAAAAAUCUGUCAAAGAUGGCUUAUCCAUCGAGUGAUCAAAUCGAGACAUCAUACAUCUAUAUUCCUAACAGCGGUGUCAGUGCAAUCAUUGGAACGAGGGGUUCUCAGAUUAAGCACAUGAUGAAAAUGAGCGGCACUAGAAUUAUUAUCCCGCCUGUGGAAAAAAAAGUUGCUGCAUCAACGAGCAAAAGGAAAGUCACCAUUGUUGGACCACCGCACUGUCACUAUAGGGCUCAGUUUUUUAUUUUCAACAAAAUGGUGAGUGAUGGUUUUCUGACAGGGUUAGAUGCACCUCUAGAGAUAGAAUUGUCUGUGCCUAGUGACCUGGUAGGGAGCAUUAUCGGCCGUCAAGGACAAGUAGUCAGAGAGCUUCAACUCCAAACAGGAGUCGUCAUCAAAAUUCCAAAACAAAGCGAAACCAACAGUAGUGAAGAAACGCCCAUCCACAUUAUCGGCUCCUAUUUUUCCACUGUAGCAGCUCAGGUAGAAAUCCGCUCAAUCUUAAGUAAUGCACUAGUCCGUCGGAAUUUCAGACAAAAGUAGAAUGCAUCGUGCCACAAUCCGGCAUCCUAAUUUUGUAGCAACUCUGAAGGAAAUGUUUUAGUGGCCUCAAAAUCGCCAUUCUACUCAAAAUUGGUGAUCCUAUAAACUGUACUAGUCUCUAAGUCUUGAGUUUAAGAAGCACCAGUCUUUAUUUGGAAAGAUAUUGCUUAACAAUCACAGUGCGAGGAUGAGCACACUCCUCUCAUCAGAUAAUAGUUUUCAGAUUAUGUGUUUUAGAAAUGAGUUGUUCAGUUUCUUCUGUUAAAAUCAAAAGCUUAAGUUUACAUGAGCCACUAAGAAUUUUAUUUUAGCUGUGCGAUUUAUCUCCUGAAAUUAUAGUCAGUUAUGUGAGGCGAUCAAGCCGCUUGAAUUGAAAACUUUCCUGGUGCUAAUUAGUGCUAGAUGAAAAUUGAAAUUUGGGGUUUGGGGGUAGAGACUAAGUAAAAAGUGAGACUGUUGCAUGAUGUUUUAAACAGUAGGGUUUAUUGACGUACAAAAUUAUGGAUUUCUCCAGGUUCAACCUGGUUCAAUAGCGCAGAUUUUUCCCUUCAUCAUUGCUGGAAUCUAUUGUUAGUUCAACUGAGUCAUUUUGUUGGGAAAAAUCUGUAACAAUAUAAUGAGCUGAGCUCAUUAUGAAUCUUAUUUAAAAGUUUAUUUUAAUUAAUGAACCUAAAGCCUCAGUUUUGUGACCUACCCCUGUAUUGGUCAGUGUUUAAGUUUGAAAAGCAUCUAUUUUUAUUUUAUUUUUCGUCACAAAUCGUUUUGAAAUAUUAACGUCCCAUUAUCAGGUAUGAGUUUCUUUGAUAUUAGUCACGCUUUUGCUUCACUAUCAAUUUUUUUAAGAAAAAAGGAAAGCUAAAUGCAUAGUGUUAUGUAGCCAAUCAGGUUUUUUGUGACUUAGAUGAACUAAGGGAAGACUAUGCUGUGUAACUGUAAAUCUCAGAUGAAGAGCAAAGAGUGGUACUGAAAAGAGAAUAACCAAGAUGAGCUUUAUCAUGUAUCACAGUUUUCUCACAAAGUGGGAAAAAAUUGAACGUUUAAAUUCGUCUUGACUGCAAAUUGUAUUAUUUAAGGAUCACCAAAUAGGCCUUUGCCAUGCUUUUCUUUUCUUUUUUGUUUUUGAAUUUAUUUGAAUCUUUUUCAUUCUUACCGCUUCUGAGUUGUUUCUUCACAAAAAGUGUUAUUAUUUUUAUAGUAAUCAAAUAUUUAUCUAUUUAUUUAUUUAUUUUUCCUUAGUGUAAUUUAUUCUGAAUGAAUGCUUAUCGUUGCGAACUUAUUGUUUAUGUCCAGGGACUUAAUAUAGCAAUCUGAGUUUCAUUCUUAUGACUGUGAAAUCUUGGAUAAAUAUUGUAUAAUUUGGUUUGAUUUUCGUUUUCUCAGUGAUGUUGUAGGCCUUGUCCAUGUUGGUCAACUCCCCAUGAAUUUUUGGUGAACCUCUACAAUAGGCUCGGUGCAAUCAGUUAAAGGGGCAAGUUUUUACUGAAUUGAAAACAGUUCAGUAAAACCAUAAAUUUAGGAUAUCCUUGACUGCACUGGAUUUGUCAAAUUAGUUUUGCCUAAGUUAAGUUUGCCUUUAUGCGGAUGAAUUACAAUUUAUGUAGCAAAUGAAGGUUACUCGAAUUAGUUUAGUUAAAUUAGGGGUUUAAAAACAAUCAAGCAGAUUGAAAAAUUAAGUUUCCCAUCCGUAAUUUUUGCGAGAAUACGUUUUUCUCUUCUAAAAGCAAAAGUCUUGCUUCAAUGAAUACUAGGUCAAGCUACACCUAAGGAUAUUCAUCAUAGGUAUAUAAAAUCUGCUAACUAUCCAUCCAUCACUUUAAGGUAAUUUUAAGUGAAAUAGGGACGAGAUUUACCACCACAUUGUGCGGUUAUGUGGUUUGUGCCUUUGAGAAGCAAUAAUUAUCAUUACAUAUAUAAGUUAAUGCAAGAAUCAAUAAUGUGUAGCAGCAUCAAUAUUAAGUAGAGUGACAUCAAAUUGGUGAGGAUUCAUCAAAAGUUGAUAUCGGACUUUAUCAUAACAGACGUCGUCCAUGGACUCAAUGUAUAAGAGAGAGUUACUAUAAAGCUAUCUCUCUUUUACAUACUGAGUCCAUGGACGACGUCUGUUAUGGCAGUUGCGGAUAUAAAUUUUUAAUGAAUCUUCACAAAUUUGAUGUCACUCUACUUAAUAUUAAUGCUGCUACACGUUAUGGGUCAGUUUCUUGUAUUAACUUGUACAUUAGGAUAGUUAUCGCUUCUUAAAGACACCGUGAGGCAACGCAACUUGGUGGCAGAUCUCGCCAUUAGAUCACUCAGAAUCACCCUCAAGAAAAUUGAAUCAGUUUCCUCCAUAUCUGGACAACUGUAGCUUCGGUCUAACCAUAUUUUGCUAAUGUCAUUUCAAAUUUUAUGUCGUAAGUUUCACAAUCUCAUCACCAGUCUCUGAAACUAUUUGAAGAUUUGUGUAUUAUUGUAUUUAAAAGACGAUUGUAUAUAUCCACUAUCUAGUCAGAAUUUCAAGCCUCUGGAGCCACUGCACAGAGAUCCUUGCAUUUUAUGAUAGCCACCUUAAUUAUUAUCUCAAGACUGAAUGAGUGGCAUAGUCAUUGAUCUAAAAGUCAAGCCAAACUCUCAACCAAUGAAAAUGCUUACCUACUGUCUGUUUCUAUAGGAAAAAGUGUAAUCUAGUUUUCAGUUUCAUUCUCACUGGUGUUAAAAGCGACUUUUGACUUUCAACACCCCUAAACCGUGAAAGAAGGGGUAUCGAUGAAGGCUUUUUUAGGGCCAACCUAAGCUGAAUAUCCUCCAAUCUACAACUUGUUGCUUAUCGAAGGUCUAUUUUCUACAAAAUGCAUCGUGAUUUGGUCAUUUUCGGUCUCUUUUGAGGUCUAACAUUGGCCUAAAAAUGGGUCAGUAGAUUUUGGCGAAAAAUGCGAGUUUGGCAGAAUUUUGGUCGAAUGCCAAAAAAUCUGCAUCUUGUAAAUUAUUGACCUUCCAUGAGCAAAAAGUUGAAGAGUCUAGGAAAUUCAGCCAGUAAGUGCCCAAAAACAGCCUUUGUCAAAAUCCCUCUUUUGUAGUAUUUUUUUUGAUGAUUAUUUUUAUCUUAUAAAUUUUGUCAUGAGCUUCUUCUUUUUCGAUUCAUUGCUGCCUCUUGCAGUUCAGUGUUUCAAAUGAAGCUUUUUCACACCUUUCAGACUGAAGUAAACUAAGAAAUAUUUAGCCGGAAGUUUGAUUAUUCAUUUUCGGCAAUUGUAGUAAUUAAAAUUUUGUCCUCGGUGAUGGGACCUGAUAAGAAUGAGCUGAAAUAAAGGUCAGCUAUCAGUUAGUUGUGCUUCAUGAUUUCUUCAUCAAAACUUGCCAUCCAAUUUGAGUCAAUUUACAAUUAGGAAAGAUGGCACGAUUAUUAUUCUACCGGAUAAAAGCAUGGUAGAGAAAUCUAGUGUUACAAUGGAUCAAUCUUGUACUUCCAUUUCAGCUUGUCUUGUACUAUCUCAUGUAUAAAAACAAAAAAAUAAAAAAAAAACCUUUUGUAAGGUGCAUUAAACCCUACCAUUACCAGUUAAUGUUCACCUCUCUGCUAGGUAGUAAAUAAUUCUUGUUGGUGAAACCAGAAAAUCAUGUAUUUCAAUCUUGAUUUUUUAUGGUACCUAUCUAUUGUACCGUCCUUUUUUUAAGAAAGGAAAUACUUUUGACAUCAUUUUUAAGGACUGUAAGGUUUCUAUUCUGAUUUUUGACAAUGUUCUUUCAGUAAUAUUCUUAAAUUAGGCUUAAAUUGAGGAUCUUGUUUUCAGCAUCGCUCAUGAAUUUUCUUUGCUAAAAAUAAUGCUUGGAGUGAACCAAUAAAUUAAAAGGAGACAGAAAGUGAUGUAAAAUUUGAAAAAUAAGCUCCUCUGCUAGCUUAUGGUGGAAUUACAAUGAAGUAUCAUCAGUUCAAUUUCAAACGAACUGUUGCUGUUUCUUUUCAGCAAUUAUUGCUGCUGUUUCAAAAUUUUAAAUUUUAAAGUAAAUUCCAAGUAAUCGAGGGACAAGAUCCUCAUUAUGUUGUGCUACCAUGGGCAAUGGAUCAGAUCCUUGCGUUAAUUUGUAAAAUACGAUAAUUUUGUAAAAAACACAGACUAGGUAGCAAUGCAACAUAGUGGCGGAUCUUAUCCCUAGGUCACUUAGAAUCACCUUAAUUGCAUCCUAUUUUGCGUUAAAUUUUGGUGAAAAAAUUCUGGGAAAAAAUGCGUUCGAUUUAAUUUUGUAUUCUGCUCCAUCUCAACAAAAAAUCGACUUAUUUCUCAUGAAACAUGAAAGGCAAUUUUGAAAAGCACAGGAAUUGAAACUUGUGUUUAUUGUUUAUUUGGUCUCACUGUUGAUUUUCCAUGCAAAGUGAACAAAAGGAGUCCUCUGCCAAGACAGAAUCAUUUGAUGACCUUUUGUUAUGCUAUAGUUAUUGUCUGUAUUGUGUACCUUCUCUUCAGAAGUAUGAAUGUUAAACAAUUGCUCAGAAUAGUUGGUUUGUUAUUUUGUUGUAAGGUUGAUCAUUAAUUUUGCUCGCCUCUCUCGGUUUCCAAAUUAUUAUCUAUUUUUCUUGUAUUUUACAUAUUUCUAUUGAAUACACUCUCUUUAUCUAUAUA